AUAGCUUCCUGAUAAUAAAAUAAUUAAGAGCAUAAAUCCAACUACUUCAAUUCAAGAUACAUUCCUACUGUUGCAUAAUAAUGAUAAUACUUACGAGAGUAUUGUAAAACAUUAAGCACAAAGAAUCUCCCAUGCUAGCAUGGCUUCUUUGAUCCGUCUGCAAUUGUUCUCAAUUCUUCUGUUCUACAACGUAAUUGGCUCCCUUAGCGUUUCACCUACUGACACAGACUCAAUUUUCAAGCAUUACAACUGCACAAACAAGGCUAUUUCGGGUCUCAAAAGCACUUACAAAUCCAACUUAAAGAAACUCUUGUCUACACUUGCAUCCAAAGCUUGUGACAACACCACCUAUCACAGCUUCUACCACGCCAAAGUUAGUGGAACAAACAAACGUGACAUAAUCUAUGGCCUCUUCAUGUGCAAUGGAUACAUAGAGAAAUUAAAAUGUGGGAAAUGUGUGAAGGAAUCCAUCGAGACACUUAAAUCAAAGUGUGUCAACAGAAAUGAAAAAAAGGGCGUAAUUUGGACUCAUGAAUGCAUGGUUCGUUACUCAAACCGGUUUUUCUUCAACACUAAGGAGGAACGGCCAUCGUUUUGUGAGAAGAAAAGUGAAGAUUAUGAAGGCCAAUUGGAUGGUUUCAACAAGGUCCUGAGUUCCUUGACGGAGGAUCUUCUAACUAAAAUAAGUAAAGCUCCAAAUGGUUCUAAUAAAUUUUCUGUAAACAAAGUAACUAUAUCUGAGGACAAACACCUGUUUGGAUUUGCUCAGUGCAUCCCGAACCUCUCCAUGGACAAUUGCAAGAAGUGCCUCAGGCAAGCCAUGGAUUUUCUUCAAACAUGUGCUAGAGGCAAGAUUGGAGGAAGAGUUCUAUAUCCUAGUUGUAUUCUUAGAUAUGAUCCUAAUCUAUUUUUUCCUCUUCCUACAGGAAAAAGAAAGAAUCCUGGAGCACUUGCAUCAAUCAUAUGUUUUCAUGGAAUUCUUCCAGUUGUGAUUUUAGUUUUUGGUUGCUAUCUGCUACAUAGGGAGUCAAGGAAGAAUCUCAAGCAUCAAAAGGGAAAUUGUGGGGAAGAGAUUACUACAGAAAUGAACUCUUUGCAAUUUGAUUUGAAUACUAUUCAAGAAGCAACAAACAAGUUUUCUGAUGAUAACAUGAUAGGGGAAGGUGGUUUUGGAGCAGUUUACAAGGGUAUGUUUCGUAAUGGACUUGAAAUAGCCGUAAAGAGGCUCAAAAGAAAUUCCAGUCAAGGGGCUAUAGAAUUCAAGAAAGAGGUUUUGUUGAUUUCCAAACUUCAACACAGAAAUCUUGUGAGACUAAUAGGAUUUUGCAUUGAAAGGAAUGAGAAGAUACUCAUUUAUGAAUUUGUGCACAACAAGAGCCUAGAUUAUUACUUAUUCUGCUCUAAAAGUCAGAGAAAAUUAAGUUGGACUGAACGAUACAAUAUUAUAAGAGGAAUCGCACGAGGAAUUCUUUAUCUCCACGAGGAUUCUCAUCUCAACAUUAUACACUGCGAUCUUAAACCCAACAACAUUUUAUUAGACAGAAAAAUGAAUGCAAAGAUAUCUGACUUCGGGUUGGCAAGGAUUAUGUCCGUUGAUCAAAUGCAGGGGAAUACUAGUAUAAUUUCUGGGACAUAUGGUUAUAUGUCUCCGGAAUAUGCAAUGCUUGGUCAAUUUUCUGUGAAGUCUGAUGUAUUCAGCUUUGGAGUCAUAAUUCUUGAGAUCAUUAGUGGAAAAAGGAAUGUUGAUUGUACUGGGAAAGAUUCUGAUGACCUCUUGAGCUAUGCUUGGAAGAAGUGGAAGGAAAGUAAACACAUUGAAUUGUUGGAUCCCACAUUAGAAGACUCGUUUUCUGAAACAGAAAUCACUAGGUGCAUACAGAUUGGACUACUAUGUGUGCAAGGACACCCAGAUCAGAGGCCUAUCAUGGCAACAAUUGCUUUGUAUUUUAACUGUAAUUCAGUUGAUCUGCCUUUACCUCAAGAGCCAGCCUUUUUAAUGCGUGGAAAAACGGAAAUCAAGGAUGAAUGACAAAGAAUUAGAGUCUAGUUGAAGUUUAUUCAGCAGCAUUAUGUGUUGAUGAAAAGUUUCUAAGGAUCAAUUUUAU